AUGAUGCUUCCUUCAUUCUGCCGCAUCACCUAUUUAGGAAAAACCUUUAAAAUGGUUGUUCGAAUCGAAACUCAUCUCAUCACAUCUCAUCUCACCAAGAUAACUCUCGAGUUCAAAUACAAUAGCAAAGAAAAGAUGUCAGGUUUGCUACAACUGGAUGAGGAAUCUCUCUACGAUCAUAUAUUUGAAAGGUAUACUCUUUUAACCUCGAAUAAUGACUCUUUAAAACAAGAUUUGGGAAUAGUAGAUAGAACAGUUUCCAAGAUUACUAUUGAUAUUGACCAAUUUGAUUUCAAUAAUAAGAAAUCGAAUAAUGAUUUCUAUUCUAUUGAGAUCAAUCAACCAAUUACAAGUUUGAAUUCAUCUUCAGUUAAUAAUAAUUCAACUACUGGUUACGUUGUUUGGUCAACAACUCCAUUUUUUACUAGAUGGCUAAUUUUCCAUUCAAAUGCUUCGAUAUUUAGAAAUGGUGGUUCAAUUGAAUUGAUAGACCAAGAUGAUGAACUCAAACUCCCACCCAUGUUCUCUAAUUCCGUAGGUUUACUAGAGCUGGGAUCGGGAAUAGCAGGUAUUUUACCUGUGACUUUAGGAAAUUUCGUUGGAUCAUUUAUUGCAACUGAUCAAAUUGGUAUUUUAUCAACUUUAAAGACAAAUAUAUUAGAAAAUUUAUCCCAAUUAAAUAGAAAAAUUGUAACAUCAAGGUCAUUAAACUUAAAUUUGGACGUGGACGAAUCUACUUUACUGAAAAGAUCUCUAUUAAGUCUGGAAUGCCUGCCAUUGGAUUGGGAAUUAUUCGAUAUAAAGGAUACUACGAAAUUAGAUCCCGCAUUACUCUCUCUCUUUAAGGAGAAAGAAACGAUUUAUGUACUUGCAAUGGACGUUAUUUACAAUGAAUACCUAAUUGAGUCCUUUCUAAGCACUAUUCAAAAUUUAAAAUCGUUAGCAUUUAAGUUUAAUGUGAAUUUAAAUUGUUUAAUUGGUAUACAAUUACGUUCUGAAGAAGUUACAACUCUAUUCCUAGAGAAAGCAAUAAUCGACUAUGAAAUGAAAGUAUACUACAUCCAAGAUAAUAUCUUAGAAUCAUCAAGGUUCAGUAUUUAUAUGAUUUAA